AUGUCUCGCCGAGACGACGACUUGGCGUACGGUGAGUACAAUGCCCAAGAAGGGCAGGAGGGCGAUCGCGGCCUCAUAGGCGACAUGGGUCGGCGUUUUGGCUUUGGCAAAAAAGAGAAUACCCAGCCUCAGUCUUCAUCCUCACAGCAAGGUGGCGGUGGCGGCAUGUCGUUCUUCAAAAAACUCCAUGAUCCUCUUCAUGAUUUCGUCUCCGAUCUCAAAGAUGCCAUAAGUGGCGACGACAACAACAAUCAGCAGAAACCCCCAGCGGGAACAUCCGAGCAGACAGGACAGUCUGUAGCCGCCCAAGAAUACCAUCAACAACAUCGCUUCUCCAGCUUCGCCCCAGAACGACAUGGCAACGAGACCAAGUGGUAUGUCGAUGGAUGCUCGUACAUGUACGCCGUAUCCAUAGCUCUCGAGCGCGCCAAAGAGUCCAUCUGGAUUCUCGACUGGUGGCUUUCCCCCGAGCUCUACCUUCGCCGUCCUCCUGCCAAGAACCAGCAGUAUCGUGUUGACCGCAUGUUGCUUGCUGCUGCUGAGCGCGGCGUCAAGGUCAACAUUAUUGUUUACAAGGAGGUUACCCAAGCCCUUACUCGUAAGUUACUGAACCCGUUGCUGCCCAACUAUCUUCAUUCUCUCCUACCGAGUUCGACGGACAUGUUUACCAAAGCGCUUACGCGCAUCGGCCUGGAUAUCAUAUUCAAAUCGCUUGAAGAGUGGGAAAAGACAGAUCCGCUGAUUGCCCCACCUAUUACAGUCUCCUCAGCCCAUACAAAACACCACUUGGAAGAUCUCCACCAAAACAUUGGUGUUUUCCGACACCCCGAUCACUUGCCUGACGCCGCAGUGCUGCAAUCGAAUUUCUUCGCUUCUAUGAAGAACAUGUCUUUCACUCCGGCAGCACUCGCUCAACUCCCAGGAGAUGGCCUCAAGGCAAUCUACGGUGCUCACGAAGGCACAGUCAUGUACUGGGCUCAUCACGAAAAGCUUUGCUUGAUCGAUGGCCACAUCGCAUUCAUGGGAGGACUAGACUUGUGCUAUGGCCGAUGGGACACCAACCAGCACGCAAUUGCUGAUGCCCAUCCUGGCAAUAUCGACAGAAUUGUCUUCCCAGGUCAGGACUUUAAUAAUGCUCGUAUGCUGGACUUCCAGGACGUCACCAACUGGGAAAACAACAAGCUUGACAGGACCCAAAGCUCUCGUAUGGGAUGGUCCGAUGUUGCCUUGUGUGUCUCCGGUCCGGUUGUUCAGGAUCUGCGUACUCAUUUUACGCAACGCUGGAAUUUCAUCUACGACGAAAAGUACAGCAAGAAAGCCACCCGAUACGCCAGACUACCCGAUACCAGCAGCGGUGCUCAACAGGCGCCAACUCAACAACGGGAUUUCGAAGGAGACGAAGGAGAGCGUGGUUUCGGUGGCCAUGAAGAGGGUGAUCGAGGAAUUUUCGGCCACGGUGGUCUACGCCAGAAGAUGUACAGCAAGUUUGAUCAGUACGGUCAGGGUCACGGUUCCUACCAACCUCACCAACAGUCCCAUGCGGAGCACAGCUCGCAGAAGGGUGGUGUCGACUGCCAAAUUACACGAAGCUCUGCCAAAUGGAGCCAUAACCUGGUCACCACUGAGCAUUCGAUUCAAAAUGCCUACUGCGAAAUCAUCCGCAACAGCAAGCAUUUCAUCUACAUUGAGAAUCAGUUUUUUAUAACUGCCACAGGUGACCAGCAGAAGCCGAUCAAGAACAAGGUCGGUGCGGCCAUUGUUGAACGCAUUGUCCGCGCUGCGAGAAAUGGCGAGAGGUACAAGAUGAUUGUUAUGAUUCCGGCUGUGCCGGCUUUUGCGGGUGAUCUGAAGCUCGAUGAAGCACUCGGUACCCGUGCUAUUAUGGAAUUCCAGUACGACUCCAUCAACCGUGGUGGUCACUCGAUCUACGAGGAGAUUGCCAAGGCAGGAUUCAACCCAAUGGAGUACAUCCGAUUCUACAACCUUCGCAGCUACGACCGUAUCAACUCCAGUCAGGUCAUGCAGGAGACGGAGCAGCGCAGUGGUGUUUCUUACACGCAAGCUCAGGAGGGCUUCGAUGCUGCCCACGACAACGCACGUGGCUACCAGGCUUAUCGUCCCCCGCCUACUCAGGAAUAUGGCGUGUACGAAAUGGACGGUUCCUCCGCCCCUCAACAGCAGUACGAUGGUGGCCCACAAAGCCAAGGCAGGAAGAGCGACUAUGACCGUUACCAGCAAGAAGCAAUGAAGGUCGGUGGGCGACAAGGCCUUGGCGAUGGACGCUGGGAUACUGUCAGCGAGUGUUACAUGCUCGGAGGCGAGGACAUUCGUAACGUGCCCUGGGAAGGUAGUCCCGAUGCUGAGAUGGAUGCUUUUGUGUCUGAAGAGCUAUACAUUCAUAGCAAGCUCUUGAUCGCUGAUGACCAGGUUGUCAUCUGUGGGUCCGCUAACCUCAACGACCGCUCGCAACUUGGCGAUCACGACUCUGAGAUCGCGAUCAUCAUCCACGACCCCAACACGGUAGAGUCUUCCAUGGACGGACAGCCAUGGCGCGCGUCCGAGUUUGCCGCAUCUCUUCGAAGGGAAAUCUUCCGAAAGCAUCUCGGCUUGCUCAAACCUCAGGACAUGGAGCGACCAGAUGCCAACUAUGAGCCUGUAGGAAUUCCCAACCAAUACGAUUGGGGAUCGCAGGAAGAUCGCCAAGUUGUAGACCCCAUCUCUGAAGAGUUCUGGAACCUAUGGAACUGGAGAGCACACACCAACACACAGGCUUUCGGAAAAGUGUUCCACCCCGUGCCCAGUGACGAGGUCAAGAACUGGAAGCAAUAUGACGAGUACUAUUCUCGCUUCUUUGGUCAGGAUGAGAAGGCCAAAGAGAACAAGAAGCCGUCAUUGUACAAGUGGGGCCAUGUUGUUGCCGAAAACUUUGCUCCAGGCGAGCAGGGUGUGCGCGAGGUCAAGGAGAUUCUCAGCACGAUCAAGGGCAACCUCGUUGAGAUGCCAUUGCUUUUCCUGAAAGAGGAAGACAUUGCCAAGGAGGGUGUGGGGCUGAAUGCUCUUACCGAGGAGCUUUACACUUAG